AUGGAUGUUGCAGCUGGUGGCACAAUCAUUAGUAAGAGUGUGAAUGUAGCACAUGAAUUGUUAGAAGACAUGGCCACUAACAAUCACCAAUGGUCUGAUGAGUGGUCAACCGGUGUUAGAAAGGUUGAUGGAAUUCAUGAACUUGAUGCCAUCACUACCUUGACUGCUCAUGUAGCUUCUUUCACAAAACAACCUCAAUGUAAUUUUCCAAGUAAUACUGAGGCGAAUCCUAAAGCGCAGUGCAAUGCAAUCUCCUUGAGGAGCGGUAAGAAGUUGGAAGAGCCAGUUGAGAAAUCUAGUCUUCCACUGAAAAUGGAGUCCGCAAUAAAAGAAAAGGUGGAAGAAAAGGUUACUGAGAACCUUGAGAAGAAUCAGUCACAAGUUAGUACAGAUCAUCACAUAAAAAUUCCUUUUCCAAUGAGGCUACGCAAGAACAACCUAGAUAAACAAUUUGCAAAGUUUUUGGAGGUAUUUAAGAAACUGCAUAUCAAUAUCCCAUUUGCAGAAGCGCUUGAGAAGAUGCCAUCUUACCUUAAAUUCUUGAAGGAAAUUUUAUAA